GAACUUUGCACCCUAAUGAUUCAAAGAGAAUAAUUUUGUUAAUGUGAUUUAUAACAUGUAUUAAAAGUAAAUACUGAAUCUGCAACUAACCUUAAUCAUGGCUGAUGAAGACAAUAGUGAUCAACCAGUUCGGAAGUCCAGGAACGUAAAAUUCAUGGAGAGGAUAGAUAGUUCAGAAGAAGUUAUCAACACCGACAGGGAAGGUUACCAAACUCCAACACCAAAUGAACGACAUAAUAUAAAAACAAAAGAAAGUGAAGACAAAUUUGAUUGGUGUGGUUUGUGUUAUGAAGAUUUCCAGGACCCUAGAAUAUUACCGUGUAUGCAUACGUUCUGUUUUAAGUGCCUUGAUGAAUUUGUUGAACAGACUUCAGAAGAAAAUAAAUUCCCUUGUCCACUCUGUAAAAUUAGUACUAGCAUUCCAAACGGUGGCGUCACUGCAUUUAAAUCUAACAUUUAUGUUAGUGCUAUGCAAGCCUCUCUCCAGAUGGAGGCAAAGAAAUCAGUCUGCGAAACUUGCGAAGAAGCACUGGAAGCACAAACUUACUGUCUUGAAUGUAAGCAGAAUUUUUGCAACAAAUGUGGAAACAUUCACCUAAAGAUGAAGCUUUCAAAAGAACAUCAUUUAGUUAAUUCUCUACAGACGGCUGAAAAAGAUGGCCAUAGAAUGAAGUCCUACACUUUCUGUGAUGAUCACCGACAAGAAAUCACAUUAUACUGUUGUGAUUGUUCUAUUCCACUUUGUGAUGCUUGUCAAAUAGACAGUCAUGAGGAGCAUGAUCUUCAAAACAUUGUUGAAUAUGCAAAGGAAACUAAACAAGAUUUGCAGAAUUCUAUUGAUUUGUUAAAUAAUUAUCUCCCUUCCCUAAAAGAUAGGCUUACCGAUGUGCAGCUUUAUGAGAAGGAGUUUGUUACAGCGAAACAGAACCUAGCAGGUGUAAUUAAGGCACGUGCUGUCGCUUUGCAUAAAGAAAUCGAUGAUGUAUCAGAUAAGUUUCUCGAAGAAAUUGAGAAAGAAAUUCAGGUCGAAGAAGAUCGUGCAAAAAUUUUCAAAUCUCGUGUUUCGGAAGCUGUGAGAUUUGCAAGUCAACAAAUAACAGCAGCUAACCACUACAUAUCUUUUGGAUCGAACCCAGACGUUGCAGCAGGAAGAGACACUCUACGCCGCCAUCUUCAUGCCGCAUUUAAACUUCUUCCUGUCGGAUUCAUACCGAGGGUCAACGUCAUAUUUUCAUCUUCUAAUUCAGGAGAUACUAUUUCCAGAGAAAUGUUCGGUAACAUUUCGAAGAGAGGCAAAUUAAACAUGGAUCUUAAACAGGAAGCAUCCUAUAAAGUCCCCGGGCAGCACUUAAUUCGCGGAAUAGCCCCCGUCUCUGGAGGGAAAGCAUGGGUUGCCUGUGGCUUCGAUCAAAGGUUGCAUCUAAUAAACCGUCUGGGAAGUCGUAUCCGAACAAUCCGCCUUGGAAAGGAGAUCGACAUCGAUUAUGUUACUUCUGACAGCAAUGACAGUGUCUAUAUUUCUUGUCGUAAGAACAGAUGUGUAAAAGUUUUGAAUCGGGACGUAAGAAUCCGAGAUCUGGCAAUUUUGAACGACUACCCUCGCGGGAUCGCCUUAUCGCACACUAGUGACUUGUUAGUAUGUGCGACCAAAUCAAGCACAUAUGACAAUUAUAAGCAUUCUGACAAAAACGUUGUGAUGAAAUAUACUCACAACGGAAAGGUUAUUACGGAGUUCGAAAGGUCGAAACAACACAUGAAAUAUCCUAGGCGAAUAACAGAAAAUAUAAAUGGUGAUAUCUACGUUUCAGACCAUAAAGAAUCAUGUGUUCAUGUUUUAACUUUAGAGGGACGUCAUAAGAGAAAAUACACGGGGACAGAAGGUAAUCUAAUAGGGGAACCAUGUGGCUUGACAUGUGAUAGGUAUGGCCACGUCCUUGUUACAGACUACAAAAACCACUGCGUUCAUUUACUAGAUCAACAGGGUCAACAUUUAUGUAAUAUCUUAACCGAAAAAGACGGCAUUAAGAAUCCAUUUUCCGUUGCCGUUGAUGACGACGGAUUUUUGUGGUUAGGUUGUAGUUUAGGUAUGGUUCAUAUAUUUCAGUAUUUACUGUAAAAUUAUGACAGCAUUCUAUUUGGGAUAACCCUGUAAAGUUCUACUAUCCUCACUGAAGUUAUAAACAGCACAGUAGUCCGAACUUCUGUGUUGACAUUAAUUAUCAUGGACUUGUACCAGUAAUUGUAAAUUAUCUCUUUACAAAAUUUUGAACUUUAAUUUUCGAAAUACCGGAUUUCGGAUUUUCUACCAAAGGAAUAGACCAGGCAAAAUAUUUUAGAAUAUUCUUCAACGUUCUUUAAGUUCGUUCUUUGUUUCGCCUUUUGCACUUUUUUAUUCGAGCGACUCUGCAUAGUUUUUAGGAGACGAAACGCGCGUCUGGCGAACAGCUUUUCAUCCGGGUGUUUAUGAUGGGU